AUGAGCGUAGAUAGGGGAGGAAUCGGAUGGAUCGGGAUUGUGCGGCACUUGAACGCCUCCACAGAAGAGGAGGUGGUGAUCACUAGAGGGGGUGGCGAUGGAGGUGUUGGAAGCGGCGGCAGUAGCGGAGGCAGGGGAGGAAUCGGAUGGAUCGAGAUCGGGAUCGAGCAGCGCUUGAACACCUCCUCCUCGGAGGAGGAGGUGAUCACCGGAGAGGGUGGGGAUGGAGGUGUUAGAAGCGGCGGCAGUGGAGGCAAGGGAGGAAUCGGAUGGAUCAGCAUCGUGCGGCUCUUGAACACCUCCUCCUCCUCGGAGGUGAUCGUCGAGGGUGGGGCUCGAGACGGUUGUAGUGGAACGAAGCGCUUAAUCGCUAGAGGUGGUGGGAGUGACGAUGGCAGCUCGCAUCAUAUAACCAUUAGAACUGUGGCUGCCAUUUGA